AUGGGAAAUAGCAAAUCAACCAGUUGUAAAUCAACUCAGCAAACAGUCGGAAAUGCAAACAACACAGGUGGAUGUCAAUGCAUUGACAUACAAAGAAUCCAAGAAGUUCUUUUGGUAUGGCUAGAUGCCAACAUUGAUAACAACAAUGACGAUGUACAAAACACCAUUACUCUAUUAAGACGUGCCGUUAAUGAUGUAAACACGUAUACAGAUAAUGACAAAUGCAUUCAAUUCGUGAAAUCAAUUGAAAACCGUAAGGCAUGUAUGAUUAUAUCAGGUUCACUUGGACAGCUUAUUGUUCCUCAAAUACACGAACUAUCUCAAGUGGAUUCCAUAUUUAUUUUUCGCGGCAAUAAACGACGACAUAAACGAUGGACAAAAGAUUGGCCAAAGAUUAAGGGGAUUUUCACAGAAAUCAAACCCAUCUGUAAAGCUCUUAAACAAGUAGCACAACAAUGUGAACAAAACGCUGUUUCCAUCAGCUUCGUGGCAUCUGGCAAAAAGUUGGACCAACUGGAUCCUUCUUUUAUGUAUACACAGCUCAUCAAGGAGAUACUGUCAACCAUCAAGUUCGACAACAAACACAUUCGGGAUUAUGUCAAGUACUGCCGUGAAAUUUUCCACGAUAAUGAUGAAGAACUAAAAAAUGUGAAGUUGCUAGAGCAGGAAUACCAUCUGAAAAAACCCAUAUGGUGGUACACCUAUGAGUGUUUUUUCUACCGCAUGCUCAAUCGUGGAAUACGACUGAUGGAUGGUGAUAUUAUAGCACGAAUGGGAUUUUUUAUUAAUGACUUGCAUCAACACAUUGAAUCCGUGCACAAGGAGCAACAAAUUGAUGAAGUCUUCACAGUUUACCGUGGGCAAGGAUUAUCAUUAGCAGACUUUGAACAACUUUUACAAACAAAAGGUGGACUCAUGUCGUUUAACCACUUCUUAUCCACCAGCACGAAUAAAUUUGUUUCACUUAGGUUUGCAAAACAAAAUCUAAAAAAUCCAGAUUCAAUAGCAGUUCUAUUCAUAAUGACAAUUGAUCCAAAACAAUCCACAGCAGCGUUUGCCCUGAUUCAUGAUUUUAGUGCUAUUCCAGGCGAAAAUGAAGUACUCUUUUCAAUGCAUAGUGUGUUUCGUAUUCAAGAUAUCAAGCAAACGAAAGAAAAUAUCAAACUCUUCGAAGUAAACUUGAUACUUACGAGUGAUAAUGACAAAGAUUUACAUGCACUGACGGAACAAAUACGAAAGGAGAGUUUUUCAGACACAGAGGGAUGGUUCAGAUUGGGUUUAGUAUUACUUAAAUUAGGUCAGAAUAACAAAGCUCAAGAGAUUUAUGAAAUGCUACUUGAUCAAACAACGAAGGAGAGUGAAAAGGCACGACUUUUUCAUCAACUAGGUUGGAUUAAAUACAACCAAGGCAAAUAUGAAGAGGCAAUGAGAUUCCAUGAAAAAUCACUUGCCUUUAAAGAAAACACGCUUUCUCCUGAAGAUCCUGGCUUGGCUUCAUCUUACAACAACAGUGGUGCGGUGUACGCCAAUAUAGGUGACUAUCCGAAAGCUCUUUCAUUUUAUCAAAUGGCGCUUGCAAUCAAACAGCAAUCACUUCCUCCAAAUCAUCAUGAUCUAGCUUCAUCGUACAACAACAUCGGUUUGGUUUAUUCCAAAAUGGGUGACUACGAAAAAGCGCUUUCAUAUUACGAAAAAGCCCUUCCCAUUCAACAACAAUCACUUCCACCAAAUCAUCAUGAUCUAGCUUCAUCGUACAACAACAUCGGUUUGGUGUAUUCCAAGAUGGGUGACUAUCAAAAAGCUCUUUCAUAUUAUGAAAAAUCCCUUCCUAUUCAACAACAAUCACUGCCUCCACAUCAUCCUGAUUUGGCUAUGUCUUACAACAACAUCGGUUUGGUGUAUUUCCACAUAGGUGACUAUUCAAAAGCUCUUUCAUAUUAUGAAAAAGCCCUUGACAUAAGUCAACAAUCACUUCCUCCAAACCAUCCUGAUUUGGCUUCAUCGUACAACAACGUCGGUUUGGUUUAUUCCAAAAUGGGUGACUACGAAAAGGCGCUUUCAUAUUACGAAAAAGCCCUUACAAUCAAACAACAAUCACUUCCUCCAAAUCAUCCUGAUCUAGCUUCAUCUUAUGCCAAUAUCGGUUUGGUGCACGCCAACAUAGGUGAUUAUUCAAAAGCACUUUUACAUUAUGAGAAGGACGUUGAAAUAAGUCAACAAUCACUUCCUCCAAAUCAUCCUAAUCUGGUUUCAUCUUACAACAACAUCGGUUUCGUGUAUUCCAAGACAGGUGACUAUUCAAAAGCUCUUUCAUAUUAUGAAAAAGCCCUUGACAUAAGUCAACAAUCACUUCCUCCAAACCAUCCUGAUUUGGCUUCAUCGUACAACAACGUCGGUUUGGUUUAUUCCAAAACGGGUGACUAUCAAAAGGCUCUUUCAUACUAUGAAAAAGCCCUUACAAUCAAACAACAAUCACUUCCUCCAAAUCAUCAUGAUCUAGCUUCAUCGUACAACAACAUCGGUUUGGUUUAUUCCAAAAUGGGUGACUAUUCAAAAGCACUUUUGCAUUAUGAGAAGGACGUUGAAAUAAGUCAACAAUCACUUCCUCCAAAUCAUCCUAAUCUGGCUUCAUCUUACAACAACAUCGGUUUCGUGUAUUGCAAGACAGGUGACUACGAAAAAGCUCUUUCAUACUAUGAAAAAGCUCUUCUAAUUCAACAACAAUCACUUCCGCCAAAUCAUCCUGAUCUAGCUUCAUCGUACAACAACGUCGGUGCGAUGUGCGAAAACACGAAGAACUAUUUAAAAGCCUGUUCAUUUUAUGAGCGUGCUGUACAAAUUGGAGAAAAGUCACUACCAGCAAAUCAUCCUGCUCUUCCACAACGAAGAAAAAAUCUCGAACGUGUGAAAAAUAAGUUAUAA